GACAGGCUGGAAGGCUGGAUGACGUCUAUAAAAGGAGGAUUCAUUCCUCGGACAAAUCAUUCAGUGAAACAGAUUCUCUCCUCUUUGGUGUGCUAUUUCUCCCUUGCACUACCUCAUAGUAAUCAAUAGUCUAACGAUCCUAUGAACACUGUGGCAAUGCCGUCAGGAUUGGGGACCAGACCGGCGGACACAACAGAAUCUGCCGAGAUGGUUCAUUCAGAAAACGGUACUCGUCAGGACCCCAAAGAGAGAGAACGGAAAGCAAAGUUGAGACAAGAGAUUGCAGAUAAACUGAAAGUAGUGAAGGCAGCAACAGUGGACCCAUCCAUCUACAAAGUUCCAAAUAAUCUUCGAAAAGUGCAGGAGGAUGCCUACAACCCUCGUGUCGUCUCAAUUGGACCUUUCCAUCGAAAAAACCCUGACCUUGUGGAUGCUAUUCGAGAGUGUAAAUGGCGUUGCAUGGUAAGCCUUCUCCAGCAAACAGAAGAUAAAAAUAAAUCUCACAAAUGCUUUGAAGACUGCUUGGACGCAAUUUAUGAUCUAGACGAUAACGUUCGCCAAUGCUAUGCUGAAACCAUCAAGCACGACAAGAAUGAGCUUGCAACAAUAAUGUUACUUGACGGUUGCUUCAUACUGGAACUUUUCAUCAGGUACCACGAAGCCAAAAAAGAAAAACAAGGAGACGGAGAUGAAGCCAAAAAUGUAAUAGAAGAAGACGGAUCUGAUCCGAUACUGAAAAGUAAGUGGAUGAUUGCAGCUCUUCAGCAUGAUCUGGCGUUACUCGAGAAUCAGAUCCCCUUCUCGGUUCUAGUUACUUUGUAUAACAUUGUCAAGCCUGAAGCCACGAUCAAACACUCCGUCGCUAGCCUCGCUCUCGACUUCUUCGAGCCCAUGAAUGAGAAGCAUAUACCUGAUGAGCUGGGAACGGACUUCAAGCAUUUGCUUGAUCUCUUGCACAAAUUCUAUUUCCCCAAACCCGUCCCUUCAGAACCUACUGAAAUAUCAAUCCCGGUCGUUAAUGCAAAGCUUAAUGAUGAACGAAGCCGAUGUUGCUUUUCUCUCAGUAGAAAAGUAAUGAAAAAAAGUGAUGAGUUACAAACUUCUUCAGGCCACUCUUCUCAACCUGAUGAUGCAGCUGGCAAUGAUAAGUGGGGAUUCAACUACUGCGCUAAGGAACUUUUGGAGUCUGGAGUGCAGCUUCACAGUCCCUCUGAGAAGGACGAGAAUUUGUUGAACAUAAAGUUCAGCAACGGAGGAGGCCUCAGCAUUCCGACUCUGAUUAUCAACAAGUCAACAAGUUCGAUCUUCAGGAAUCUGAUUGCCUACGAGCAGUACAGUCUUAGCAGUACAAACAGCGUUACAUCAUACGCUUUCCUCAUGAAGAGUCUCGUCCGUUACUCAGAGGAUUUCAAGCUGCUUCAGGAGAGAAAGAUCAUAAAGCCUCAUCGGAUCGGGGAACAGGAAUGUUUGAACCAAUUCAAGACUAUUCUAGAUGAAGUAGUUGCUAAGGAUGACUUCUGUUUUGCUGGUGUGCGAGACCAAGUGAACGAAUACUGUGAGUCGUGGUGCAAUUUGAACAAGCUUCAAGUAUAUUUGAAGGUGCGCUUUCUAAAAGAAAUAAGGGACCUUCAUAAUACUUAUUUCACUUCUACAUGGAGUAUCAUAUCGUUCCUGGCUGCCUCUGCCCUUCUCAUUCUCACUUUUCUACAGACAUACUAUGCCAUUCACGGCCCUCACAAAUGAUCAUGCUCUUUCCUUAAGCUUCUUCUUCUUUUAUAUGGCCAUGUUACCAUUUACCAACGCAGUCCUGGCUCGCCCUGGAGUCUAUCUAUAAUAUUUUUGCUUUCAUGUAUGCACGUUGUAUGGGAUUAAUCUUCCUAAAUUAUGAAUUUUCAUCAUCCGGGUUUAUGUUUAUGUUUCUUUUAUUUUUUACAACCCUUAUUUUUUACAAGACGUUAAUAUCGCCAAUAAUUAACAACUCGUAAGACUUUUUAUUUUA